GCGGAUGCCCAGAGACUCCGCCUUCCCAGGAGCCCCUGCGGCCGGGCGCGAAGAUGGCGGUGGCGGCUGGGCAUUCCUGAAGCAGCUGCUAUGGAGCCUCCCCCGGCCCCGGGGCCGGAGCGGCUCUUUGAUUCGCAGCGGCUCCCAGGUGACGGCUUCCUGCUCCUCGCGCUGCUGCUUUACGCGCCUAUCGGGUUGUGCCUCCUGGUCCUGCGCAUCUUCCUCGGGAUCCACGUCUUCCUGGUCAGCUGCGCGCUGCCAGACAGCGUCCUUCGCAGGUUCGUGGUGCGGACCAUGUGUGCGGUGCUGGGACUCGUGGCCCGCCAGGACGACCCUGGACUCCGGGAUCACCGCGUCAGGGUUCUCAUUUCUAAUCACGUGACGCCUUUCGACCACAACAUAGUCAACCUGCUCACCUCCUGCAGCACCCCUCUACUCAAUAGCCCCCCCAGCUUUGUGUGCUGGUCUCGGGGCUUCAUGGAGAUGGACAGGCAGAGUGAAUUGGUGGAGUCCCUCAAGAGAUUCUGUGCGUCCACGAGGCUUCCUCCCACGCCGCUACUGCUGUUCCCCGAGGAAGAGGCCACCAACGGCCGUGAGGGGCUUCUGCGCUUCAGCUCAUGGCCAUUUUCCAUUCAGGAUGUGGUGCAACCUCUUACCCUGCAAGUUCAGAGACCCCUGGUCUCUGUGACGGUGUCGGAUGCCUCCUGGGUCUCAGAGCUGCUGUGGGCACUUUUCGUCCCUUUCACGGUGUAUCAAGUAAGGUGGCUUCGUCCUGUUCACCGCCAGCUGGGAGAAGGAAAUGAGGAGUUUGCACUUCGUGUACAGCAGCUGGUGGCCAAGGAAUUGGGCCAGAUAGGGACACGGCUCACUCCAGCAGACAAAGCAGAGCACAUGAAGCGACAAAGACACCCCAGAUUGCGCCCCCAGUCAGCCCAAUCUUUCCCACCUUCGCCUGGCCCUUCUGCUGAUGCACAGCUGGCAACUCUGGCCCAGAGAGUCAAAGAAGUUUUACCCCAUGUGCCACUGGGCGUCAUUCAGAGAGACCUGGCCAGGACUGGCUGUGUAGACUUGACCAUCACUAACCUGCUGGAGGGGGCCGUAGCUUUCAUGCCUGAAGACACCGCUGAGGGACCUCAGUCCCUGGCCACAGCUGCUGCCCCCAAGUCCCCCAGCUCAGGCCCUGUGACCCCUCAGCCCACAGCCCUAACAUUUGCCAAGUCUUCCUGGGCCCGGCAGGAGAGCCUGCAGGAACGCAAGCAGGCACUGUAUGAAUACGCAAGAAGGAGAUACAGAGAGAGACAGGCCCAGGAGGCUGACUGAGCUCAGCAACAGGAUGGCACCCAGAGCCGCGGGACGGAGCCUGGGGGCAGCCCCCACCCAACUCACACCAAGCUGGCCGGGUGGGCGGAUGACAGGGAGGGGUGGGCUCCCCCAAUCUCACAUUAAAUUCAGGGUUUUCACUCAA